AGCGCGUUUCGAGCAUGUGUAUGUUAGAAGAAGCAAAAAGGGCAUCUCUUCCUUUUUUUCACUUUCACUUUUGUAACUGCCCUGCACGCGAUGAUAGUGCAUCCUUGCCGCCGCAUGUGUUAAGAGGCGAGACGCAGAAGGUGAUGAGAAAGCGGAAGGCACAACGAAUUUGUGAGCAGAUGGGUUGACCAACGGGCGAUCCAGCGAAGGGAGCGGCGAAUGAGCGGCGAAUAAGCGGCAAAGAGAUCGACGAACGAAGCGGCGAACGAGCCAAGCGAUGCCGCUUCGAAAUUGCCGCUUCGAAACUGCCUCUUCGAAACUGGCGCAUGCCCGCCGCGUGAAUUCUGCUUUUCCCAAUCGAAGUGCGUUCUUAAGGAGGCUCGACCAAAAGGCAACCGAGUUGAAGCGCACACGCUCGAUGAGAAGCGGCUUAAAAGCAUAUAAAUUUGUUCAUUGUUAGAUUGGCUACUUUCUUAUUUUUUCCUCCAUGCUUAGGAAGGAACAAAUGUAGCUAAGCAGCUUACCUCCGCCCAUGCGAACGGCUCGGCGUGACGGACGGGCCUUUUGCACAUAUUCCUCAAGGGGGAGGGAGGUAUGCUGAGGAAAGUCCCAUCAGAGCCACGACUGGAAAUUUGCUCAGGCACGCACAUCUGCGUAAGUAUGCUCACAUACAUAUAGCACACCCCUUGUGCGCGCUUCGCACCGGGGAGUACGUUGGUAGACGCGCCGCACUUCCCACCUAACCAAGCGCACGACUGCAAAGCAGGCACAAAGCAUAUAGGUACACGCCGCAUAUACGCCGCAUAUACGCCGCAUACACACCGCUCACAUGCUAACAUGUUGAGGCAACUGCUCGUCCUGCUGGUCGUUGCCUCGAAGAAAGCCAACGCACUAGUGAGCCCAAGGAAGAUGAGCCACCUGCAUGCCAGACUGAACGAAAGUAUUCGCUUCUUUCACAAAAGUCCCUCGUCCAGUGGGUGGCACCAAAAAAGAAACAACCCACACCAGGCGUACAUAAAGCAACCGCUCUUUCACAUACACCAGAGAAAAAUAAAUUACCUAAAAAAUGGAAGUGGCAUUUAUUCCAAAUAUUACAAUAACGAGCCCGUCUACAAUACAUAUAACCCAAUUUUAAAUUAUGAGGUGCUCGAUUUGGUGAAGGUGUUCGGGAGGUUAGCUGAGCAUGGGCAGUACGAGUCCUUCAACAUUGCCGUUGACGUGGGGGUAAACGAGGAGGAGAGACUGAAUGGCCCUGAUGGGCAACACGGUCAGACGAAAAGGAAUACCUCCUGGCUAUACAAAAUUCUAGCCAUUUUAAAAUUCAAAAAUUUGUAUGAACAUCACAAAAGAGGACAUUGGUACUGGCAUUUCUCACAGCAUGGAAAAAUGAACUUUGCAGAUUUUAAAAAACAUUUAUUUUUGCUAAAAUUUAAAUGGCCAAAAGAUUCCCUCUUCCCAACGUACAAUAUCUUCCUCUUCGAAAGAGGGCUAAGUAAAAAUGCGGACUCCCCACUGAUAAGGAGCAAAGUAGAAAAUUACAUACAGCGGCAAGAAAUAAACGAAAAUUUACUGAAAAGUUGUUUCUUCUGCUUUUCGGAAGGAAAGGAAUACAUAACUGCGCGGGAUAUUUUAAAUACCUUCCUUGGGUGGAAAAAAAAAGGGGAUAAAAAUGAGAGGAAAGAGAGGGAUACCAAUUUCUUUUCCUUUUUUAAGAAAGCCACACCGGAGGAGGACUCCAUCGAUUGGUUCACCUUCAAAAAUAAAAUCGACGCGUGCACGAUUAGGAUGCACGAGGGGAAGAAGUAA